AUGUCGACGGUCGCAGAGGACCUGCUCAACGACUUUGCCAGCUCGGGCGACGAGGCCGAGGACGAGCCCUACAGUGGUCUCAAGAACGAUGACGCGCCCCAGACAAACGGCGACCGCGAAGAUGCCAUGGACGUCGAUGGCGCCCACGCGCGCCCCAACGGCGCGGACGACGAAGACAAGGAGAUGAACGAUGCGGACGACGACGAGGUCAAGAUGGCCAAGAUUGAGAAGAUGGAGCUCGGCGGCGUCAAGGACGUGCGGAGCGUCGCGAGUCUGAUGCAGACCCUGGAACCGGUUCUACAGAAAAUCGAGCACUACCGAGCGCAAGCGGCGACGCAGACCACGAACCUGGGCAACAUCGAAGACCACCCAGAGUAUCACCUCCUGACACAGUCGAAUAGCUUGUCGACGCAUAUUGACGGCGAGGUGGCUCUGGUGCACAAGUUCAACCGCGACCACUACUCGACACGCUUCCCCGAGCUCGAGCGGCUGGUGACGACCCCGUUGGAGUACGCCAAGGUGGUCAUGAUCCUGGGCAACGGACCCAUGGACUCGGAGACCAUCAAGAAGCUGCAGUCCUCCACCGACAAUCCACUGGGCGUGACGCUCAAGUCCGUCCUCGACGGGCCCACCGUCAUGGUCGUCACAGUGGAAGCCACCACGUCCAAGGGCCAGGAGAUGUCGCCCGAGGAGCUCGCGCGCGUGCGCCAGGGCUGCGAGCUGGUCAUUGCGCUUCACAGGGCCAAAAAUAUUCUGACGGAAUAUGUCCAGUCGCGCAUGACCGUAUUUGCGCCCAACCUCACGGCCCUGAUCGGUUCCCUCACCGCCGCUCAGAUGCUCAAUCAGGCCGGUGGCCUGACCGGGCUAUCCAAAACGCCAGCCUGCAACAUCCCCUCGUGGGGUUCGAAGAAGCGCCAGGCUGGUCUCGCCACGAACAUUGGUGUGCGAUCGCAAGGCUUCCUCUACCACUCGGAUAUGAUCCGCGGUAUCCCCAGCGACCUCAAGAAGCAAGCCAUGCGCAUCGUCGCCGCAAAGCUGGUCCUGGCGGCGCGCGUCGACCGCAUCCACUCCAGUCCCGACGGCGCGACGGGCGAAGAGCUCAAGGCUGCCUCCCUCAAGCGACUCGAGAAACUUACCGAGCCGGCGGAGAACAAGGGCGGCCGCGCGCUGCCCGUGCCCGACGACAAGCCCGCCCGCAAGCGAGGCGGUCGUCGCGCGCGCAAGGCAAAGGAGGCCGUGGCCAUGACCGACCUCAGGACGGCGCAGAACCGCAUGGCUUUUGGCAAGGAAGAGAAGGAGGCUGGCUUCGGCACGGGUGAUGGCACGGUGGGUAUGGGCAUGAUUGGGCAGCAGAACGACGGGCGCAUCCGCGGGCUCCAGAUCGACCAGAGGACACGCGCCAAACUGGGGCAGAAGCACAAGGGCUGGGGUGGUGCGAGCUCCCUCAAUGGCGCCGCGUCGUCCAUUGGCGGCUUUGGCCAGCACAACAACGGUGGCAUCGCCCUUGGCGGCUCGGGUCUGCGGUCGUCGGGCGUGGGCAGCACCGUCGGUUCGGCGGGCACGGCGUCGUCCCUGGCGUUUACACCCGUGCAGGGCCUCGAGCUGGUCGAUCCCAAGAAGCAGGCGGAGAUGAGCCGGAAGCGGAAAGCAGAGGAGGACAAGUGGUUCAAGGGCGGGACGUUCACCCAGGCGGGCGGUGGUGGUUCUUCGUCGUCGUCUUCGUCGGGGGGGUUCAAGGUGCCGGAUCUGCCACAGGCCAAAAAGGUCGAUACUGGCGCGACGAAGAUGGGGCCGCCUCCUUCCAGGAAAUAG